UAGGGGUGGUGCCUUCCCCGCGCGGGCGGGGCCGAGUGGCCUUCCGCGGGUGUGGCGCCUGAAGCCACCAGCGUCAGAGUGCAGGUAUCGUGGCCACCCGGAGGCCUACAAGGCAGGACACCCGGGGCGCGGCGGAGGGGCAGUGCGGCUCGCUCUCAGCUGGACGCGGGAGGAAGUCACAUCCGGUAGAGGCGGGGCUCGUGGAUCCCGGAAGUGCGGGCAGCGGCUGAUUGCCCGCGGUGGCGGCGGCCCCGGUGGCCUUUGGGACAGUGACAGGUCAAGGACUGCUGACCCCUGCCCUGUCAGAGCAACUUUCUGCCUGGAUCAGUUGGGUUUUUUUUUCUUCUGAUUGCCCGUGAAGGAGAAGAUGGAGGGGCUGAAAGACAAGACCCUGCAGGAGCUGGAGGAAAUGCAGAAUGACCCAGAAGCCAUUGCCCGGCUAGCCUUGGAGUCUCCUGAGGUUCAGGACCUGCAGUUAGAACGAGAGAUGGCACUGGCCACGAACCGGAGCCUGGCAGAGCAGAACCUGGAGUUCCAAGGUCCCCUGGAAAUCAGCCGCUCUAACCUCUCAGACAAAUACCAGGAGCUGCGGAAGCUUGUGGAGCGGUGCCAGGAGCAGAAAGCCAAGCUGGAGAAAUUUUCCUCAGCACUGCAGCCUGGGACCUUGUUGGACCUUCUGCAGAUCGAAGGCAUGAAGAUCGAGGAGGAGUCUGAGGCCAUGGCUGAGAAAUUCCUGGAAGGUGAGGUGCCGUUGGAAACGUUCUUAGAGUCCUUUUCCUCCAUGAGGACACUGCUGCACCUGCGUCGAGUCCGCGUAGAGAAGCUCCAGGACGUGGUGAGGCGGCCUCGAGCUUUGCCGGAGCUGGCUGGAGAUGUCCCUCCAAAGCGCCCGCCACCCCCACGCCCAGUACCCCAGGCAACACCACCUGAGACUGAAGAACAGCCUCCACAGCCCUCUGUAGUGACUCCCUACCCUUUGCCCUACAGCCCAUCCCCAGGCUUGCCUGUGGGCCCGACAGCCCAGGGAGCCCUGCAGCCAGCCCCCUUCCCUGUGGUGGCCCAGCCUUCCUCCUAUGGUGGGCCUCUGGGUCCUUACCCAUCACCUCAUCCAGGACCCAGGGCCAUGGUAGGUUACUCUUGGUCUCCACAGAGGAGUGGCCCGCCCCAGCCUGGCUAUCCUACGGCUCCAACUAGUACCUCUGGUCCAGGAUACCCCUUAGUGGGAGGCCGAACUCCUGGUCCUGGUUAUCCUCAACAGUCCCCCUACCUCCCGUCAGGAAACAGACCUCCCUACCCAACACAACCUCAGCUCCCGGGCUUCCCAGGACAGCCCCAGCCUCCUGUGCCCCCUCAACCUCCAUACCCUCCUGGGACAACCCCUUCCUAUGGCUUCCACCCUCCAGGGCCUGCCUGGCCUAGGUAUUAGUCCUGGUCUGUGUCCACCUUCUUCCUUCUACCUGCACCACAGCCUUUGGCCUCCAUUUGCUGAGAUUUGAGGUUAACACUGGAUGUUGUGGUGAUGCGCCCUGAAACGCUGGGACACACAGAAGCCUCGAGCCUCGAGCUGGAAGCACAUAGGCCUCCUGAAAGGCCCUGAACAGUGCAGCAUGAGUCCUUCUGGGAGCUCCUUCUGCUAGAGACUGCUCAGCACAUCCUGAGUGGCCUGCUGGGAGCCCAGGGCUCUCUGGUGUCUGCAUGAACGGGUGUGUUCAUGUCUUUGCAUAGCUACCUGCGCUUGAUCCCUGACAGCUGAACCAAUGUAGAAUAAUCUUGAUGCAGGGUGACCCUGGGUCUUGGACCCUGCUCAUCCAGGCUGUCCCUUGGAGCUUGGUAUGUUUGAUGUGGAAUCACAUGCCAAGUGAUGACAGAGUUCUGUCUGUCCACUAAAGAAUGGUCUACCUUAUUUACCAUGGUUGGGUCGUAGGAAGGAACAGUUAAAUGGAAAGUUAAACAGGAAAGAAAAAUGGACUUUGAUUCCUGAAAGCCAUAUUUUAGCUGCCGUGCCAAUGUUAGUUAGGCAAGCAUGUCCUACGUGCUGGCAGAGACCAUAGCAGCAGUGGUAUGGUGAGAGAGCUGGGGAUGCCAAGGGAAACCCAGGCUUCAAAUUGUAUGGUUGGAUGUCCUAGAGGUCACCCUGGAGCCCCUGGCUGGAGUGGAGGACCAGGGUUACCUCCCAGCCACUUUUCACUCCUGGGGCCCUCCACUUCUGGCUGGUUCUUUCUGAGGUUCACCCACCCCUCCACUCCUUUAGUGCCUUGAAUCUUAUUUGCUAGCAGCCCCCUUUAUCUUGUUUAUCUCCUUCCUUUUCCCAGUGUCCCUGCAGAACAGACACACCAGACAGAACACCCCCAUGGUGCUUCCCAGACAUCAUCACUACAUUGGGGUUGGUUUCUCUACACUCUCAUUCUCAGAAUGUAAAGGGUAGGGACUGUGAGUGCAGCCCCGGCACUGGGUGGGCUGAGCCUGCUUAGUAAUGAAAGUGACUACACUAGUCUACAGGGGUUGCAGCAGGUGAUGCAUCUGUGUGGCUGGUCCAGAUGUGAACCAGGUCUCAGGGCGGACCCUGGAGCUGCUACGGGUUAGGAAAUUGUAUGUGCCUUGAAACAUCCCCUGCCUGGGUACCCAGCCUCUGGUGGGCCAAGGUGCUGGGGGUCAAGGAGGAACCCCAUCUUCUGGUGCCACUCUGCCCACAGGCCACGGGUGCAUUACCACCUCUGCUUGCUUCUCCUAAGUUAUUUAUAACGUGGAAUCACUAAUGGUGUCUGUGAGACUGCUGCUGAACUGGAUGAUGGCUGCCCAUUUGUUUGUGCAAUUGCCAUAAUAAAUGUUGAUGAGUUCCAUGGUC